CCCUGCAACACAUGCAACUCCCUGAAACACAAGCAGCUCCCUACAACACAUGCAGCUUCCUGCAACACACCGGCAACUCCCUGCAACACACGCAGCUCCCUGCAACACACGCAGCUCCCUGCAACACACGCAGCUCCCUGCAACACACCGGCAACUCCCUGCAACAAACGCAGCUCCCUGCAACACACCGGCAACUCCCUGCAACAAACGCAGCUCCCUGCAACACACCGGCAACUCCCUGCAACAAACGCAGCUCCCUGCAACACACCGGCAACUCCCUGCAACAUCCUCAGCGGAGAGAACAAUAUGGCGACCGUGAAGGAUAAACUGAUCCACAAUGUGGUCAAAGAGGAGUCGCUCCCCCAGAACAAGGUCACAAUUGUGGGUGUGGGGGCCGUGGGCAUGGCCUGUGCUAUCAGUGUCCUGCAGAAGGAUUUGGCAGAUGAGCUUGCACUUGUUGAUGUGAUUGAAGACAAACUGAAGGGGGAAAUGAUGGAUCUGCAGCACGGGAGUCUGUUCCUUCGGACCCCCAAUAUUGUCUCAGGGAAAGAUUACAGCAUCACCGCAAACUCCAAACUGGUGGUCGUUACGGCGGGGGCCCGUCAGCAGGAGGGGGAGAGUCGUCUGAAUCUGGUUCAGCGAAACGUCAACAUCUUCAAAUUCAUCAUCCCCAACAUUGUCAAGUACAGCCCCAAGUGCACCCUGUUAAUUGUCUCCAACCCAGUGGAUAUUCUGACGUACGUGGCCUGGAAGAUCAGUGGAUUCCCCCAGAACCGUGUGAUUGGCAGCGGCUGCAAUUUGGACUCGGCCCGUUUCCGUUACCUCAUGGGGCAGAAGUUUGGGAUCCACACGCAGAGCUGUCACGGGUGGGUCAUUGGGGAACACGGAGACUCGAGUGUGCCCGUGUGGAGUGGGGUCAAUGUGGCGGGAGUCUCCCUGAAAUCCCUGCACCCCGAUAUUGGCAGCGACGCAGACAAGGAGAACUGGAAGGAGGUGCACAAGCAGGUUGUGGACAGUGCCUAUGAAGUGAUCAAGCUGAAGGGCUACACCUCGUGGGCUAUUGGCCUGUCCGUGGCUGAUCUGUCGGAGAGUAUCCUGAAGAACCUGCGCCGGGUCCAUCCCAUCUCCACAAUGGUCAAGGGCAUGUACGGGGUUAAUGAGGACGUUUUCCUCAGCGUCCCGUGUGUAUUGGGCAACUUGGGCAUCACAGACGUGGUUACCAUGACGCUGAAGGCCGAUGAAGAGGAGCAAUUACGCAAAAGCGCGGACACCCUGUGGGCCAUUCAGAAGGAGCUGCAGUUCUAGUCAGUCUGUCUGUCUGAUUAAGUCUCCUCCCCUCUAACAUCAACAAGCUCCUCGGGGGCGUGUGCUUAAUGUUCCCACUUCCAUUGGACCAGACCAACAGGGAGGAAACCCACUAAGAAUGCACUUUCCUGAAAGUCUCAGGUUCCACCAUUCAUGCAAAGAGAAUAAUAUUAUAAUAAUAAUAUAUAUAGCGCCAUUGUCUGUGACCCCACCCCCGUGUGUGUCCCCGCCCACUGUACGUCACUCCCCACAUUCCUUCUUGUUCCCAUCUGACAAUUGAUAAUAAAUAAUGGUCCCAAAUGAACCACAGAAUCAA